AUGGUCUAUCGCGGCAAGCCGUCCAAAUCCUGCCGCAACUGUCGAAGACGUGAUAUAAAAUGCGACCGAAAAUUAAACGGCUGUUCUCAAUGCUCACGAGCGAACAUAUCAUGCCCAGGCUAUCCAAAUCCCAGUGACCUGAUCAUUUGCGAUGAAACAAGUUCAACAAUUGACAAGAGACGUCGAGCUGAGAUCUCUCUCAUUAGUCCACAUUCCUUCACGGACUCUAUCCCAGCAAGGCUUCUUCCAUCAAUUGAGAUUCAUGCAAAGAAUCUUUUCAUCUCGCAAUACGUCGCGGAUACGGACAAGGCCAACCUCUUCACAUAUAUGCGAGUCUUUUGGCCGCCAGGAACUGUCAAAUUUCCCCUCUUAUCUACAGUUGUCAAGGCUGUUUGGCUCGCCUUCUUUUCAUUUUCUCAUCAAUCAAGUCCGGCUCUUCAUGAUGCGCGUGUCAACUAUGGCUCAGCAUUGAUGCUUACAACCACUGCCAUUCAAUCACCAACCGAAGCGAAAGAAAACUCAACCUUGAUGUCGUUGCUUCUUCUGAGUGUGUACGAAAGACUAGUUUACUGGGAGGGAAAUAUCAUCCCUUCAAACGCUCAUUUACGAGGUGCUCUGGGACUCGUGUUAUAUCGAGGUGGCAGUCAAUUUAGUGAUCCGAUCAGAAUGAAUAUGCUCCUAGGACUCUGUGAAUUUAUCAUUCUUGACUGUCUUGCUCAUGAGACUGAUAUACCUCAGGAUCUACUUAUUUUGAAAUCCAGAGUGAUGGAUGAUGCAGAUCUCUCUCCUAAGUGGCGUUUUCUAGAACUGUUGCUUGAAUAUGCGCAGCUCAAAGAGAUGCAGAGAUAUGGAGUUUCUCCGGCAAUGCUAAUUUCUGAGGCUGUUCGCCUAAUGAGUAAACUAGAGGAUAUAUCGCACGUCCUACCUCCGUUUGCCUGCAGAAAAGAUAUGCGUCGUUUGGAGGCUGCAUCAAUCACUCACCCAGAUCAUAACACGAGAAGGAGUUGGAACAACAUACGUAUAAUUCGCGUUUUGUUAGCAGACAUUAUACGAGAACAAUGCACUAAGAUACUCGGCGAUCUUGACAUAACCGAUCCUGCGCUUAUCAACCAACAGCUCCAAGAAUGUAUCUGUAUUAUUGUCUCUCCUUGCUCGGAAAUCUGUUCUUUUGCUUCAGGCAACGGUAUUAUAGGAACCGCAUCGCAAAAUGUCUCAAGCGUGCAGAUUAGCACACUCUUCUUUCAUCUAUACGCUGCGUAUACUUUUGCUAUACUUCCUCUUGAGCUCAAGCAGCUACUACAUCAACGUUUGCGAGAUCUCAGUGAAGGCCAGUUCCCUGGCAUCCAAAGGUUAAUGAACCAGUUGCUACGAGAGACCAGUGCCUAUGAGAAGAACUUUUGGAAAGUGUGGCUUCGACUAGGAAAAGAAAAUUUCUCGAUUUGA